AUGUUUAGACGUCAUUUCCUUGGACUAGCUUCCAAAACAUCAAUAACAAGAACUUCCCUUCUAGCUAAGAGAUUUUAUGCAGAAACAGUCAAUUCUACUUCAAACGUAUUGAAAUUACAAUUCGCUUUACCUCACGAGACUCUAUAUUCAAACACAGAAGUAAAACAAGUUAAUUUACCAGCUAAAUCAGGUCAAAUCGGUAUAUUAGCUAAUCAUAUCCCCACUGUAGAACAAUUGAAUUCAGGAGUAGUGGAAAUAUUCGAAAGUACAAACAAUUCCACAAAGAAAUAUUUCAUCCCUGGUGGAUUUGCAACAAUGCAACCAAAUUCAACAUUAUGUAUCACUGCUGUGGAGGCAUUCCCAUUGGAUUCAUUCUCUGAGGCGAAUGUUAAAUCAUUAUUACAAGAGGCAAAGAAAAAUAUUAAUAGUAAUGAUCCUAAACUGGCUUCAGAAAAUACCAUUAAGGUUGAAUUAUUGGAAAAUUUACUUCAAUCGAUUUCGAAAUCUACCUAG